CUAAACCUAAUAUAUAAUUUCAUAAUUCUUGAGUUCUUGUUUCUCAAUUGUUUUUACGAUCCGCCGAUCAAGUCGGAUUAUUAAGUGGAAUUCUUGUCCAUCAAAUUGGUGCUCUCAUUGAGAGCUCGAGAAAUUCACUCAGGAAAAAACCUUCUAAAGAACGAUGAUGCAAACACGCAGUAACGCUAAUCAGCCCACCGGAAAUCCUCCUCAAGGAGAAACUAGUGCCACCAGGGGCCGUCACCUCCCUAUCAGCGUGACAGAGGCUGAAGCCCUCAUCCAGCGGAUCAAGACCACGUCUGAUCAGUUUAAGGAGGUGGUGGAGGCCCUGGCCCCAAACCAAGAGAUUGUGAUGGACGACAUCACAGGACCGCAGGUGCAAUCCUGCAAUUGGUUCCAUAAGUUGCCAAGGGGAUCGAUCGACGAGUGGAUGGACUUGGCCCACAAAUUUUUGGAGCAUUUUGCAUCAAGUCGGAGGCAGAAGCUUCCCUACUCCCACUUGCUCAACGUUAGGAUUCGAAAGGGGAAGCAACUCCGUGAUUUUAUCACCCGAUGGGAGAAGGAGGCCAGCGACGUCCAGGGAGCGGACGACCAGGCUAUGAUCUCUAUGCUCCGAGCGGCACUCCCCGCAGGGGAUGUGCGCAAGGAGCUGCGACGGAACCUACUUCCUACAUACCAGGGGAUGUUUGCUAGGGCGAAGUACCUAGCGUUAGAAGAAGUUGAUGAUGAGGUGCUUGCCCAGAGGGAGAGGAAGAGUGUUCAGCUAGUAGGCGAGGAAGGCCGACCUAGGGCAGAACCGGCAGAAGAUGUGGAAGAAGUUACCUUGGACCCUGGAAAGCCGGAGCAGAAGGUUAAGGUUAGCAAGACCUUACAACGGGAACAAAAGGGGCAGUUGGUGAGCGUUCUUCGAUCAUUCAAGGUGCUAUUUGCAUGGGGUCCAAAAGACAUGCCUGGGGUCGACCCACGAAUCAUCUGCCACCGACUGGCGGUCGACCCGGCACACAAGCUAGUCAAGCAAAAGAAGUGUUUCCUCUCUUUAGAGAGGAGGGACUUUAUGACAAAAGAGAUAGAAUUCAAGCCUCGACCAGCGAUCAAAGGGCAGUCACUGGCGGACUUUGUGGUGGAGUGCACUACGAGGGAUGAAAGAGCAAGCGAAGAAGAAGAACGAAAUGGGAAUUGGGGGAAUAUCUAUACUGAUGGGUCUCCCGAGACUGAUGCUUUGGGGGGUGGAGUCGUGGCCAUAUCACCAGAAGGAUUCAAGGCUUACUACUCGAUAAGGUUUCGGUUUAAGAUUUCGGUUCGGAUACAAUUUGAGUCGGAUAUAUUUCGGUUUCGGGUCUAGUUCGGUUCGGAUAUAUUUCGGUUUCGGAUCAAAUAUAUUUUGGAUAUAUAUUAUUUUCUAAUUAAAAUUUAACUAUCCGUGUUUCUUUUUAUGUUUUAUCACAUUUAUCAAUCUAUCAUCAAUUCAAUACCUCAUAUUAUUUUAUAUU